AUGUCGUUUUUCAAGAAACUCAAAGAUGAACUCAAGGAGAUGUUGAAUGAUGACGACGACAAGGACAAGAAGAAGGCCGAAGAGCAUAAGAAAAAGGACGAAGGAGGUCACGGCCACGGCGAAACCAGAGACUAUCACAACCAGCCCGCACCAGAUAUGUAUGGACAACAUCAACAGCAGCAGCAUUACCCUACCUAUGGCAGUCCUCCCCCGUCUGGGCCUCAGCUUCCUCCAGGUUGGAUAGCACAAUGGGAUCAGACCAGCCAGCGGUACUAUUAUGUUGAACAAGCGACCGGCCGGACACAGUGGGAGCAACCGAUCUGGCAAGGAGGCCCACCACCACCCCCAGCAGGCGGACCAGGGUAUUACCAGAGCUACGGCCAUGCCAUGCCGCCUGGCAUGCCAUAUCAGCAAGGACAUGAUGCCAACCAGCGCGCAUACUAUGGUGAUGUCCGUGCUCAAGAAAAGAAAGGCCAUGGAAUGGGCACAGUGCUUGCUGCCGGCGUAGGCGGUGCGGCAGUAGGUGCACUCGCUGCAAACGCGUUGGAUGACAGUGACGACGAGCACCACGCCGCUCCCGCCGCAGCGCCUUAUGGAUACGGCGCGCCACCUCCAGCGGCGGCCCCUGUACCUCUUGAAGACAACCCCGACCUGUCAUCCAGCCAACGGGAAUCCCUCGAAGAAGCACGCGAGGACCUCGAGGAGGCUCAGGAGAAGGUUGCGGAAGAAGGCUCAAGUGCAUCGAGCAGUGAUAUUGAAGACUUGCAGGAGGCCAGAGAAGAGUAUCAUAGCGAGGUGGAGAGUGCGCAUGAGGAAUUGGAGGACUGA